AUGCUCAAGAAGGUGGAUCCGACGAAUGAAGUUUUGGUGUCAUAUUUGCAAUCCAUUGACACAACUGUUGUUACAGGGGUGUUACAUGAAGAAGAGAAGAAAAAGCCUAAGAAAUCGAAGAAGAUAGAUGGUGGGUCUUCGGAAAAAGUGGUGAAGGCAGAAAAGAAGAAGAAAAAUCCAGUGGUUACAGCUGAUACUGUCGAAGAGGUAUCUUCAAUUUUAACCUCAGUGGUUGAUACACCAAUAAUCGAAGCGUCUCCAUCGACAGAAACGAUUCCUUCGAAGACGGGUGUUUUUCGACAUAUCAAAAUAAAGAGAAAGUCUCAGCUGGUGAAGAAAACACAAGUCACACAUCAAGGGGUCACAUUUCGGGAAAUUCCAGCUCCGGUGUCUCCAUCAUCUAAGAAACGAAGGGCUGAAGAUCUUGCAAAUUUUUUGAAGAAGAAUCAAAUACUUGAAGAAGUCGAGCAAGUUCCUGAGACACUAGAGAUUAAACUUCAAGAAGAAGCGAAGACCAGUCCGCCUGUUGGUCUAUCGAAGGCUGCUGUUUCGAAGCCUCUUGAAAUAAGUUCACUACCCCAGGUUACAUCCACAACUAAUUCUCCUACAUUUCAGUUUAUUAUGGAUCAACCAUUCACCACCAUAUUCUCAACUCAAUCAACUGAUCCACCCCAUCCAUCCUCACCUAUUGAUGAAACCGUGGCUGCUGAUGUUGAAACCGAUAACGAAGGCUUUGGAGGAACGUUCGAAGCUCUUCAUUUUGAUCAAGCCGAAGAAGAUUUCCCUGACCACAUGCUGAUGACCAUGAAGCAGUUUAAGAUUUUGAAUUCGAAAUUGAAUUCUAUCUUGCAAUCCCAAGCAGAUGUGGGCAGUGGUGGAGUUACAAGUAUGGAAGUUGAUUCAUUAAUGAAGGUGAUGGAAGGAAGGGUGAUUUCGAAGGCAUCAGGGUUGAUUAGGGAUUUGGAGAGUCGAGUUCUUGAGAAGAUGAAUCCUUAA